UCUGACAGAGAUCAAAGGGUUAAAGUUCACGCUCAGUCACACGUGUAGCCCCGCCCCCUUCCCUCGUGGCGGCAGCAGCUCCGGUCCUGUGGGCCUGCAGCAUGGACAGCGAUGAGGAGGAGGUUCUGGAGGAGGUGGUGGAAGGCCCGUUGGAUGAAGACGGUCAGCCUCAUGGAUUCUGCACAGUGACGUACUCCUCCAGUGAUCGCUUCGAAGGACACUUCAUCCAUGGAGAGAAGAACGGCAAGGGGAAGUUUUUCUUCUUCGAUGGAAGCACCUUGGAAGGGUUCUAUGUGGAUGACGGUCUACAGGGCCAGGGGGUGUAUACACAUGAAGAUGGCGGUGUCCUCCAUGGGACCUACGUGGACGGCGAGCUGAACGGGCCGGCUCAGGAGCUAGAUGGAGAAGGCCACCUGGUCUUCAAGGGGCAGUACAAGGACAACAUCCGCUGUGGGGAGUGCUGGAUCUACUACCCUGACGGGGGCUGCGUGUUUGGGCAGGUCAACGAGGAAGGAGAGAUGACUGGGAACGCCAUUGCCUACAUCUACCCAGAUGGCCGCACGGCGCUCUAUGGAAGCUUUGUAGACGGAGAGAUCAUCGAGGCUCGACUCGCCAGCCUGGCCUCCCACCAGAACCAGAGGACCCGCUUCCAGAUCACAGCCAGCAGUCCGGUCUACUCCUACGACAAGUCCACCUCCACCUGCAUCGCCACCCACGCUCUGCUGCCGGACCCGUAUGAGAGCCAGUGGGUGUUUGUGGCUGAGUCUCUGAUUAAAGGAGCGGGGGAGGGGCUGUUUGCCAAGGCCGAUGCCCAGCCUGGUACCGUCAUGGCCUUCUAUAACGGCGUUCGGAUCACACACUCUGAGGUGGACAGCAGAGACUGGACUCUGAAUGGAAACACCAUCUCUCUGGAUGACGACACUGUGAUCGACGUCCCGCGGCCGUUUGACCAGACCGACAGAUACUGCGCCUCCCUUGGUCACAAGGCCAACCACUCCUUCACCCCCAACUGCAAGUAUGAGCCGUUUGUCCAUCCUCGUUUUGGAUCCAUCAAGUGCAUCCGGACGCUGAGGGCCGUGCAGAAAGAUGAGGAGCUCACAGUUGCCUACGGUUACGAUCACGAGCCGACGGGGAAAAAUGGCCCUGAGGCUCCUGACUGGUACAAAGAAGAGCUGGAGCUUUUCCAGCAGAGACAGCAGCUGCUGGGAGUCAGUGAAGACGCCCCCCCACUGCAAUCCAUGUCAACCUGAGCGACAGGAGAACCAUGCCAGGAACCAAGGAGGUGCUGCUUGUUUCCACGUCGUUCCUUCAGUUUACAUACCGAGGGGCGGAGCUACAGCUGAACUCUCAGCAGCUCUGCUUCCCUAUGAACAUGUUACAGAUGACCUAGACAUUUAUUGAACGUUACCUGAAUAUUUCUGAAAUUAAGGACUGUAGAAAUAAAAUGGAUCUUCUGCUACAUGAAAAUAAACUAGCCUGAACCGGU